AUGAAGUUCAUUCUGCUCGCUGCCGCCUUCGCCGCUUCUUCCCUUGCCCUGCCGGACUUGCUGGCCAGAGACAACGUCAAGCUGAACCAGUACCGCACUCUUGACGAUUGUGAGAAUGAUAGAGACAUUCUCUACCACGCUGCCCCAGUUUCGGGGAAGUGCUACGAGCUGGACGACCAGACCGGAGCCUUCUUUUACAACACUGGAGGCUUCUGGCAGUCUUACUCCUACGACGACCAUGGGUGCGGUGGUACUUCCCACAAGUUCCAACGCUACACGGGCAAGUGCGUUGAGAGGGGCUCUCAGAAUUCGGUGAAGUUCUCUUAG